AUGUCUUCGCCUGUGUCUCCAUUGGGUCCACCUUCUAUUCAUGACAUUGACACCACUGCUUCUUACUCGAUUGCUUUUCCUCCGCUUCAACCCAUUCCAUUAAGCUUUCCACAACACCACCCAAAACGAACCCAACAUUGUCAUCAACUCCCACCAGCUUUACAAACACCACUCGUCCCACCAAAGUAUCCCUCCUAUCUUAAACAGACUCUCUACGCAGACUUGGUUCUCGAGCAAUACAACCUUCGACAAUGUCGCCGUUCAAGUGACCAACACCACCACCACCACCACCACCAACAGCAUGCACGUCCACACGACUUGUCACCCGAGUGUCGUCCUCCUUCAUUAUCACAUUGCGUCCAAGAUAUUGACUUGCGUUUACCGACCUUUUGGAACCGACAAGCCAAACCGCGAUAUCUUGAAGUGGGUAGAAACGGAUUGGAUUUGAGUUACAAUGGCCCUGGCAAGAAUGAACAGCAUGCUGCUGCUAUUUGUGCCAACUUUCCCAUGCGUCCCCAAUGUGGUGUCUAUUAUUAUGAAAUGCAUGUCCUAUCCAAAGGAAAUGAUGGAUACAUCACCAUUGGCUUCUCUACAGCUGAAUCCCAUGUCGAUCGAGUACCUGGUUAUCAGGGUGAAUCAUGGGGAUACCAAGGUGAUAGUGGCAACGUCUACGCUGGAUCGACUCGUGGUACUCAAUAUGGCCCUGGUUUUACUACUGGCGACAUUGUGGGAUGUGGUAUCAACUUUGCCAAUGGUACAGCCUUUUAUACAAAGAAUGGUGCCUUUCUUGGUGUUGCUUUCAAUCGUCUUGACCAAAGUGCCGAAUACUAUCCGUGUAUUGGACUACGUACACCAGGCGAGAGCAUCACUGUCAACUUUGGUAAUGAGCCCUUUCUAUAUGACAUUAACCAGUAUAUCAAGGACCAAAAGAUCAAGGCGUGGGAAGAGAUUGGCAAACGAACCUUGGGUACCACCAUGACCACUUUCAACACCAACAGCACCUCUAAAAAUACCCUGAAACAGGGUUAUUGUCGUCGCAAGGAAGAAAAAUCUGAUAAUCUCGUGCUCUCGUAUCUUGUCCACCAAGGCUAUAUGGGAACAGCAAAGGCCAUGGUCAAAGACGCCAUGCAUGUAUGCGACAAGGAAUUGCCACUGUUGAGUGCAAGAGACCAAUAUACCAAUGAAAAAGACCUCCAGCAACGCAGUGACAUUCGUUCUGCAUUGACCCAUGGAAAGGUGGAUCGAGCCAUUCAAUUGACCGAGCAAUACUAUCCGGGCGUAUUACAACAUGACAAUGAAGACAUUAUGUUUGAGCUCAAGUGCCGAAAGUUUAUUGAAAUGAUACAUGAAUACAGCGAACGUGAAAAGAUCUUGUUUCAUCGUGAUGAUUUGGAGAAUGACCAAGCAAGUAUCACUAGCAACAACAGCAGCAUUGCCAGCUUCAACGUACCCAAUUGUAUCGAUGACGACAAUCAUCAUCCUCUUCAACAACGUUACAACAACAGCAACCAUCCCUUUCCUGCCAUCGAUGUACCUGAGGAUACUACUACACAACCUUGGUCACGUGAUAGACGACGCUCGACAAGUGGAAGUUUUACAAGCCAUGCAACGGCAUCUGCCAUUCGAGUACCAGGACGUCGACGUAUGAGCUAUGCCGCUAUAGCAGCAUCCGCAUCACCCAAUAGUACCAAUGGCCAUUUCGCUGGAUUCUCUGUUUCUCCACCACCCGCUUGCGACGACCCUUCAUUGCAACAGCAGCAGCAAGAGCAUGAUGACUAUGCACAUCCACUUUUCAGUAAUCGACGCCAUCGUAGAGCAUCCACUCGAAGGAGCAGCACUUGCAGUAGUCUUUUAAGCGUUGGUAGUUUGGGUGGCUAUGAACAAGACGAACCUGAUUUAUCCGAGGUGGAUGAGGCGGAUGAAAGAGGUGGAAGCAGUGGUGUUGAUGAUGCAGCCAUUUCAAUGAAGCACAUUAUGGAUUAUGGACAAAAAUUACAAGCCGAAUAUCGACAUGAUGAUAGACUCAAGAUUCGAACACGUCUCGUGGAAAUAUUUUCAUUGCUUGCCUAUCCUGACGUAAACUCGAGUCCUGUUGCUCACUUGAUGGCAAAAUCCGGAAGAGAUGAGCUUGCAACACAGCUCAAUGCAGCCAUCUUAGGAAAUCGCGGCAUGUCACCUCUUGAAAGCAUUUAUCGGCAGGUCUUGUUGACCAAUAAAGAAUUGGCAUGUGCAGGUGAUGGUCAAUCUGCUAUUGUCAAUGUUGAAGAAUACUGUGCACAAGGAUCUCCCCAUCCUGGAAAUACAACCAUCAUCUCCAGCGAAAGCUAG